UCUUCUUGGGUGUUUUCAUUAACAUUUUACUAAGCUAGCUAGGUUUGAGCUGCUUCUCUGGUUUCUUUCAUAGCCAUGGAAAGGAACACUCCCUUCUACUUCUCCAGAGUUUCCCUUGCUAUAUUACUGCUUCUUCUUGCUAUUGCUGCUAUUAAUUGUGCAGAAGCAAGAAAAUCUAUGCAUCUACUCAGAGGCCAAAUGCACACAAGAAGCUCAAUAAUCCAACACAUAGAGAAAUUCAAAGUGACAAAGCACUUUGAUUUGGCUUCAUUACUUCUCCAAAAAGAAACUAUGAAUCCUUCUAGCACUAGCCCUUAUGUGAGUUCACCAUUUACUUUGCCCCCUUAUGACUCAUUGCCCCCAAUUCCAUUGCCUGAAAAUGCCCCUCCAAAUUGUAUUUAUCCCCCAAAUACCCCUCUACCUCCUUCCACAACAAUUCCAACUCCUAAUUUGUCACCCCCAUCAUCACCCUUCUCUUAUAUUCCACCUUUUCUUCCCAUCCCAAGCCCACCUCCCAGCCCGAUCGGUAUCGUACCUAGUCCACCCGAAACUACGCCUUUCCCUAACCCACCUGAAUUUGUUCCUAGCCCGCCCACUCUCAUUCCAGGCCCACCAGAAAUUGUUCCUAGUCCAAUAACUUAUAUUCCGAGCCCACCUUAUCCUGAGUUUAGCCCACCUAGUUAUAUCCCUAGCCCACCAACUUUUGUUCCAUCUCCAACAGGCUACAUUCCGAGCCCUUUUCUACCACCGGUGGUGUACCCGCCGCCAACAGUUCCACCACCACCUAGAACUGUUCCACAGCAGGCCUUGUGGUGUGUAGCCAAGCCAUCGGUGCCAGACCCAAUAAUUCAAGAAGCUAUGAACUAUGCUUGUGCAUCUGGUGCCGAUUGUGGCUCGAUACAGCCCAAUGGGCCUUGUUUUCAGCCGAAUACGUUAUUUGCACAUGCUUCCUAUGCUUUUAAUAGUUACUGGCAAAGGACAAAGGUCGCUGGUGGCACUUGUUCCUUUGGUGGGACUGCUAUGCUUGUUACUGUGGAUCCAAGUUUUGAUGGUUGCCACUUUGUAUACUCCUGAUGAGAUCAAGACAACUUUCAGUGUUUUGAAGAAGCUAGAAGGAAAUAGUCUAGAAAAGGAAUCUCAUUUUCUUUUCAUAAAUUAAUAAGAGAGAUAGGUUUACUCUUUUUUUUUUUUAUAAAAAAUCAUUCAAACCUAAAAAAUUUUGUAAGUAAUUCUAUUCAUAGAUUUUGUUAGGUGGGUUGUAAAUGAAAAUGAAAUUUCCCUUUUCUUUAUUGAAGGAUGACCCACCCUUUAUUUCUUUCUCUCUCUCAUGAAAUUUGUGUAAGCAACAUUUGUUGAAUCAUUAAUAAGAUAUUAAUGUGAAUAUUUGUUUCCAC